GGUGCAGUUGAUGUGAAUUUGUCUGCGAGUCUCUGAGACUCAGUUGUGAACCUUGCUGGCCAAAUCGGGCGUUACCAACUUUAGUUUUUUUGUUUUAUUUUUCAGUCUGAUUUUUUUCAGGAACUGUAUUAUUUUGUAAAUAUAUAUUUUUUAUUUCGUAUUUUUGUACAAAUUCGCCGGGAUGGAACUUAAUUCUCUUCUAAUCCUCCUUGAGGCUGCAGAGUACUUGGAAAGAAGAGACAGAGAGGCAGAACACGGUUACGCUUCUGUUUUACCGUACAAUAGCGACUUUUCCAGAAAGAAGACGAAAGCGACGCCAAUUUCAAGGAAAGCCCAGAGCAAUAGAUCGUCACACAAUGAGCUGGAGAAACACAGACGUGCUAAGUUGCGGCUCUAUCUGGAGCAGCUGAAGCAAUUGGUGCCUUUGGGCCCGGACAGCACCAGACACACCACACUGAGUCUGCUCAAACGUGCCAGGAUGCACAUCAAGAAGCUGGAGGAGCAGGACAGAAAGGCCCUGAAUGUGAAGGAGCAGCUGCAGAGAGAGCAUCGCUACCUCAAACGGCGUCUGGAGCAACUCGGUAUGGAGAGAAUCCGCACAGACAGCAUGGGCUCUACCAUCUCUACUGAUUCAGAACAAGAGGUGGACGUGGAUAUCGAAGGGAUGGAGUUUACACCUGGCGAGGGUGACAGUGUGGACAGUGUGAGCGAUACUGAAGACCACUACAGCCUGCAGGGCAGCUCCAGCGACAGCAGCCAUUACUCGCCCUCACACAGACUGCACACACACAUCUGCUAGAACCAAGCCAGCAGUGCAACGGCAACCUCCAAACCACCCGUCCGCCCAGCGCCAAGCUCAUGCACCUGCCUCCUGUGGCAGGAAGCAGCUGGUUGGACUUCCCGUCCCACUUCUCCACCACUUUCACACUUCCAGACUUUCUCUAUUAAACCCUGAUCGUUGCCUCAGACACCCAAAGAGCAAUCUGCGGUUUCGUGGUGCGGCCAUACAGCUUUGACCUGUCAGCUAACGUCCUGAGUGAGUUUGCGAGUGAGUAUGUGUAUUUCACACUCUCUCUUAUUGAACGGGCUGGAUCCAUAAAAACACCUUUGCUUUUGUUGUUAGGGAUGCACUCAUAUGGAAGUUCUGGGACAAUGCCUGUCCAAUUUUUUAAAUAUACGUAUCGCCCGAUGGAUCAUCAAUUAUCAGUUUGAAUUGUCAGUCAAACUUUAACAUUCGUCUGAUACUAAUACCGAUAUAAUGCUGAUAUCGUCAGUGCAUCCCUAUGAUUGUCUUUCAGUUCUUAGCACAUGCUAAAACAAGAACAAUUAUAAAAGCUUAGUAAAUGCUAAGCAUAGUAGCAUUUAGCACACUACGCGUUCUAAUGGCAUAGCCUAGAGCAACAACUAUUUAGCUUCUUUAAGGAACAAAAAAUCACCUGGGAACCAGCUCGUCUUUUGCACAACUUCAUUCAGAACGACCAAAUACAAACACAAUAACAUAGCAACAAAAAGGUAGAUUAUAAGGAGGGAAGGUACAGACCAACGCCAUUGGCAGGUUGCGUACAAAACAAAACAAAACAAAAUUUUGAAUUGCCGUUAAUUUCUCCAUAGGGAAUUUCUCCAUUUUUGCUAAUGGAUUCAAAAUCAGUUUGCAACUGUAGAAGCAUACAGGCUAUGAGUACAAUAUAAUAGCAUAAUAUUGGGCUGAGCCAUAGAACUGUGAAGAGUACAAUACAACUGAACUACAAAACUUGGUGUCGGCCCUGGUGUCACACUACAUGUGAUCUGUAAUAGUGGCAUCAUCAGCUCGACCGUCCGUUUUGUGGAAACACUCAAUAAACUGUAUUUCUGUCUUUUACGGUUAUUUAAACGUUUGGAUCAUUAAUACAGUGUCAACAUGGAGGCAACACAGCACAAUAUAUUGUACAAUAUAUGCAAGGGCCGAUCUGACCACUUUCCUUCACUGUUGCUAGAGCAGUGACAGUCAAGCCAGAUUUUUUCAUAGCACCACCCGGUGCUAAUCACUACAGUUUGUGCCAGUGCUACAUUAGCAUUUGGCUGGUACCACAAAUGCAGUGAAGCAAAAUUCGCACACACCGUUCACAGUAGAAAACAGCUUAGUGAGAUCAGCCCCUCGGGAUCAAACCCCUUUUUUCUCUUUCAGUAGCAAAGUGAUGUAGCAAUAAACACAGAAAGCUACUGCUUUCGUGAUUGUUUAUAUGAUUCUGAGGGGUUUAAGGCACUAAAAACGAGAGUGAUUCACUAAGCUAGCUUUUCUGCUCUAAACACACACGCAGACGCAUCAUCUGUGUCUCAGCAUUCAGGUUGACAGAUCAAAGCUGAAUGAGUCCAAAAAAAGUCUAAAAACAGCCAGCUCUAAUGAUUUUCUUUUUGUGGAGGCUUAGUUAAACCAAGAGAUUACAUCGCUAACCCUUAACUUUCAUUUUUGUCUUGUAGCUUUCUUGGAUUUGUUCAAAUUAACUCUCUCUCUCUCUUUACAUAUUAAUACGCAACCAAUUGUUUGAGGAGCUCCAGGGCAUUGCAGAUCGGACCACUAAUGAUUUUGUAUUCCUUUGGUUGGCCUAUACAGUGUAUUUGCAAUGCAGAGAGUGCAGUAUUUUAUUCUGUUUCCGCUUUUUAAACUCCCUCUGCUGCGGUUCUUAGAGCUUGGCAUUCAACACUUUAAAAAGGAAAAAAACAUACAUACACACAGACACACACACGUGUGUGUGUGUGUGUGUGUGCGUGUGUGAUAAUGUGAUUAGCCUACAAUGGCUGAUUAUUAAAAAAAAGCAAGAAAAGCCAAUAAAAAAACAUGAAUUAAAAAAAAAAAAAGCUAUAGGUCACUAAAAGUGAUUUUAGCAAGUGUAGUCUAUAUUUCCUGUAUUAAAAUUUUGUAUUAUAUUUUCCUAAAUGUUCCUAAAGGUAAAAGACAAAAAAGAAGAGUGUAUGUAUAUAUAUAUAUAUAUAUAUAUAUAUAUAUAUAUAUAUGAGAUGGACAGGGCAGUACGCCAGGCUUGUCUCGGGGAUUUGGAGAUUUAGACAGUCAUUCUGUGCCUUGGUCAGCCUCUGUUUAUGUUAUUAUGUCCCAUUCCCUCCCCUCAGCCUCCACUCGCUCAGGUCUACUCCAGGCACUCCCUACAUCCAUCCAUUCAUCCUCAGUGAGUAACAAAUGAAGUUAGGCAUUAAAGCAGCAGUUCUGCAAAAAAUUGAAAAUCAAAUUUAGCCAGUAUCCCCCUUACCUCAAAUGUAGCCAGUCAGCCAAGAGAUGUUUGGUGUCACAAAGCUAAUAUAGCCAACAAGUAAUGGCAUUCAAUACCCCUGGAAUUAGCAUUGUGCUAACUGCAGGCCUAAAUCCACACAUACCUCCCUCAAACUAUGGUGGGGACAAAAAUAGCUAGCUGUCAGACUAAAUAAUUAACAUAACUAAAACCAGUACUUUAGACCAUUAUGAUGGGUAACAGCCAUACGGCAUCAGAAACCACACAAGUCUAUUUGAGAUUACCUAAUAAACUCAGCAAGUGUGAUGACUUUGACAUGCACUUGUCGGAAUUAACUAUUCUAAUCAUUACAUUAGCCUCAUUGAAAAUGCCGUUACACACUGAAGGCAAUGCAUAUAAACAACAUGUGAAAUGUGAAAUAUUCGGACAUGAAUGAUGACAUUGGAGGCUGCAUUCCAAAGUAAAAGUAGCAUGAAGAGUUUCACCGCCCCAGCUGGAACUUUAUGAGAGCUUUCGGAUGUCUGUAAGAUGUAGAUGUCUGUAACACACUUUGAGCUCCAUUUUAGCUCAUUUUGGAGGUGCUAACAUCAUUGGUGACAAAGCAGAUGGCAGACUGUUCCAAUGACAAAAAUGAAAGCGAUUGGUUGCGUGAGUUCAUGUUGCUGGCAAAAGCUCACAAAAAUAGGGCAAAUAAAAUAAUGCUGCAUGUUUACCUGAAAAAUCAUGUUUGGUGUGCAGGAAAUCUUUAUACAUACGUUUAAAUGAAUUUAUUGUUAAAUUAAUUGCAAUUGGUAUGUAAUGGCCUUAAAACUAAAGAAACAAAUUUCAGACACGGAACAUGUCUUGGAUGUACAACUGCAUUUGGGGUUAUGGUGGGCUAACUAGGCCAAUGGGAUUUUUUUGCUGAGCAGUUGCUUUAAGUGGUUCUCCGACUGUUCUGCUUCAGCCUCUUCGUCUUUGCAGUCCAGCUUUGCUUCUUUUUCUCGUCAUAAUGAAGAGGGAGAUGCUGGGAGAAGAGCGAUAAUCAAUCAUUAACCGACGGCAGCUGGAGCUCUUUCCCUCUACACUCUCCCAGUGACACCUCCUGUUAGUGUUAGCGCCUGCCCAGGACGACUGUGGGUAAUCAUCCCUUGCUUGAGUCUCUCGGCUAUAGAAUCGGCUCCUCUAAAACAAAGCCCCACCAUCAGCGUCACAUUACAGACAAUGAGUGUAAAGGCCCUCAGUUCACCAACCAAACACCAACAAUCAGAAACAAAUGCAAACAGGAUGUUCGUUUAGUGAACCAGACAUUCUUGAUAAAAAGGUAUCACAAAUGGUUCUAUAAGCGAUGCCAUAUUGGUUUCCAUAAAAAAGUUUUUUUUUUAACUUUAGAAAGGUUCUUUUCACUCAAACAUCCUAUUUACAAAAUAGUCCUCUCAAGAACCAAAGCUGAUUCUUGUAUGGCAUUGAGCAAAGUAAUCCUAUUUGACACCUUAGUUUUAUACCUGUGUUUAAUUGGAGACUCUUGGACGUUUUUUCUUCAUUCACUCUUGUCCAUUUGGAUUGUCGGUUCUUUUUCUGGGAGCAUUAGAGUGGUUCUGUUUGUCGCAGAACGUUUGGUUGGUGUGCUCUGUGUUUAAAGGCUAGCAGGGGGCGACACACAGCAAUACAAUCACCUACUUAUUUUUUUUUUGUUUUCCUCAUUGAGUGUAAACAGCAGCUUGAAUUCUGUGCUGCACAUUUGUGACCAAUUCUGACAUUUCUGCUUUUAUUAUCUUCUCCUGGAAAGGAGGGAGCAUGUUUUGUUUUGUCUUUUUGAAAAAGCUACUUUUUUCAUGAAGAGUUUACAUCCAUGUCAAGGACUGUUAGUAGCAAAAAAUGAGUCCUCUUUCAGUUGGUCAGAGAACAACAUAGUGAUAUUUAAACUGAGGGAAAAAAAUCUUGCACAGAACCUCCCAUUUUUUUAACAAUGUUUUUAUGGGAUGAUUAAGAUGGAAUUCAUGGGCCAGAGACGAGAUUCAGUUUUCAGCAUCAUGCAGCAGGUGUGUGUGUGUGUGUGUGUGUGUAUGUGCUGACAUCACACUGUAAAAGAGUUUAAGACCUGCCCACUUUCUUGGUAGUUUUAAAAACAAAAUGUAACCAAAAAAAAGAACAUGUGGAAAUCAUUAAACAGCGUAUCAGCUGUAAUGGUAGUCAGCCCUACAAAGGCAAAUGAGUAACUAUGGCAACCAUGAAAUUGAGCAUGUGGAUGUAAUUUAGAGUUAAAGGUGGAUGAGGAAAAUAAUUCACCAAAAUAAAAAAUGACUUACAUAGACAUACUCUGCCCAAAGAACACUGGCAGGAAGUACAUUUAGAUUGGAUUUCAGAGUUUUUAAAAAUGCUAAGCUACAGAGUUGGGCUUACUUUCUGUAGCUAAUUGAAACUGGAUUUAAAAACGACAACGAAUUAGCCACCGUGCUAAUGGUGAACAACAAAAAAACUACACUUUACCUAUUCUACCAGUGUGACCUUUCACACACAUACAAAAUAAAUAUAAUUUGAAAUGAAUAACACUCUCUGAAUGUUGGUAUGUAUUAUAAAAACUGAGUUGUAUGCUACAGUUUCCCAUUAGGUUGAAUUGUAUUUUUUUUCUUACCAGCAUUCUGUAAAACAUUUUGUGGGAUGGAUGUCAAUCUCAGUUUUAAAACUGGAGCACCCUGCUUGCUCAGUAGACUUGAUUAUAGCCUAGGUGUGUGAAUUCAUUUCUAUACAGCCUUUUUAAUAUACAUCAUAUUUAGCUUUUGUUUUUCACUGUUGCAGUGGUUACUGAUUAGCCUUAGUAGUAGCAGUGAUGAGACGUGAAGACAUUUUUGUAGGUUUGUUAAAAAGCUUUCUAACACUAAAUAUAUGUGGGCGGAGCUUCAGACCUAGGCAUCAUCAGAAAAGUGAAAAUGAGUGUGUGUUACAGUGGAAAAGAGCAGAAAGAGUGUGAACAGACAGUGGAGCUGAUACUGAAGACACAGACACACACACAUACACAGCUGCUGUGUGGAAUGACAUCUAGCUGCUGGUAGACCAAACCCCAGACUGGGCAAAUGCUGCAUUCAUGACAACUGAACUCGGACGUUUCAAACUUCGAGCCUCCUACUUCCAAGCUCAGAGUGUUUGCACAACUUCAGCUGAGGACAGAAAAAACUAUGCUUACAAUAAUAUAGUGCUUGUUUGGCUGCUGCAUGCAUACAAAAAGCUCUCAAAAAGCUUUUAGUUAAAGAGUUGCUUGGUUAAUUUUUUUUUUAUGUUGAUGUAUGUCAUCGCAAUUUACUGCUAAUCUUUGCGCUUUCAUUAGAGCUGCAACUAAAAGAAGUCUGAGCUUUUGAGAAACACUGACUUUCCUAGUGGGAAUUGUGAGCUUUGUGAUCGUUCAAAUUGAUUUUUCCUAUUUGGAAGUCGGAAACUUCCCAGUUGUCACUGGGUCAUGAACGCAGCAAAAGCUUCAGUGUUGGUGGAGUUUAGCCAACUAACUAGCAGUCUACCUAAGUUAGCUAUCUAGCUAAAGUGUUGGUAAGGUAGUUCAGAUUAAUGUUAGAUAUAAGUUUGUUUUAGCUAACCACAGAUAUAAGUUGAAUUAGUUAACCACAAGUUUAACCCUUUUAUUUUAAAGGAGAAAUUAACUAGCUAACAUAGUUGGACAAGUAACUAACCAUAACCCAUAUUAACUGUUUUAUGUACUUAAUGUUAAUGUGAACACUUUAGCUAGAUAGCUAACUUGGGUAGUUUGCUAGGUAGUUGGCUAUCGUUCGCCCUAACUGGCUGCUUGUGUGAGAAAUCAAAAUCAGUGUAGAUCAACACAAGUAGGAUGAACACUGUUCACCGAUCAAGAAAGAAAAAGUGUGUGUAUGUGUGUACAUGUGUGCAUGUGUGCCGAUUAUCUGAAUCCAUUCCUUUCUGCAGUAAACUCUUCCAUCUCUGCCAGAUUCCGGCCAAAAAAACAAAAAAGCACUUUCUCCUUCUACCAGUAAAUCUACUGGUAAUUCCACACCAGUAUAUUUACAUAUAGAUGAUUCUAGGCUUUUAGUCUUUUCUGUUAUACACAGCUAGGCUGGUUUAUCCCACCCAGAUCUGCUGGCUGGACUAAACAUGCUUUUCAAUGGCGAGUCACCACUGAAUUUAAAGAGAUAAAAGUGUGUUUUAAUCUAAUCUCUAUCUGCUGUAUUUGUAGCAGACAUUUGAUUAUCAUGGAUAAUACUUUGACUGUACUUAGUAAAGAACAGAAAACGUAUGGACUCAAAACUCACUUAUAAUAGAAGCCAAUGGGCAGGUCCCCACAGACUACAGACAACUGUGGGGAAAAUGAUUAAAAUGCAGAAAAUAGAGAUUAUGUUGAAAGAUGCUGGAGUACUCCUUUAAUGCAUGUCCAGGAGAGCAGUUUAUAGAUGAUUAUAUAUGUUUUUGGUUUUAGUUUUUUAUCUUGCCUUUCCACUGCGAGCUCAGUUUCUGUCUUCCUCUGUGUAUGUGUGUGUGUGUGUGCAUUGCUGCUUGGUGUGCGGAGUGUUACCUAUCACUGAAGCGGGAGUGUUCUGUGCCAGACCUGUGAAUAUGUUUCCUGGUAGAAGAUGUGUAAUAUGCAUUCAGAUGUGCUAUAAUAGUUUCUUUUUUUGUUGUUUGUUUAUUUGUUUGUGUAUACAUACAUACCUGGUGCUGGCUGUUUUGUAGCCCACGCUUAAAGGUAUUGUGUAUUCUUUCAUUGUAAUAUAAAUAAUUAAAAAUGUUUUAUACA